GGAUGGAGGAGGGACUCUUGGGUGGAUCCGAGCCGACAAACACACACCUUGAUUAUAAAUACUGCCGUAAACUCGAUCAGGUUACAGUAAGGACUGAUUACCCAUCCGAUUCCAGUCAUGUCAGGGAAAGACGAUGAGGUGAAAAAAUCGGAAGGCAAGGAGGUGCACGGAAUAUUUGGGUUUGGAAAAAAGGAUAAAGACAAGAGCAAAGACAAGAGUGAUUCCAAGGAUAAAGGCAAGGAGCACAAGGAUAAAGGCAAGGAGCACAAGGAUAAAGACAAGAAGAAGAAAGACAAGGGUCACAAGAAGGAAGGUCACAGCUCCUCUUCCUCCUCCAGUGAUGAGGACUAAACGAAGACUGAAGACUGAAGACAUAGGGGGGACCAGGGCUAGUGGUCACAUUGGGAAGUUGUCAUAAGGGUGAUGCUAUAACGUUUUGAGAGUCCAAUUACACAAAUGUGAGCUUUUCGAUGUAUUCAAAACCCUCUUAAAUUUGUACAAAAAAAUUGAAUUUUUGAAUGGAUGCAAAUAUUUGCCCAAUUAUAGUCAUGAAAAAAACAUCCACAACAUUGCAGUGUUUUUUUUUUUUUUUUUUUAAGUCAAAACAACGUCUUUGUUGUAGUUUAAAUUGAAUUUAUUUCAUUGCAAUACAAUGUCCAAAACAAUGGUUGGUAUGUUUGUAUGUACUGUACCUUUUUCCAUUCGUUUAUGCUUCACUUUGAUUUAGAAUGGACAAUCGCCUAUGAUGCUAUAUUAUAUUGUUAUAAUUCUGAUUUGUUGUGGAUGUGUAUUGGGGGGGUUUAUUUUAAGAUCUUAAUGUUUCAUAUUUCAAAAAUUCUCAAAUCAGUGUCCGUAAAUUGCUGGUGUCCACUGUGACCACUCCCCCUGUGUGAUGCGACCACAUGCCCCGCUAUUAUUCAAUGUGUGUUAAUGGACUGUUUGUUUUCUUGGACAAAAGUGAUGGAAAUGUUCAGUAGCUUUGUUUUAUAGCCAAGCCUUUAUAAAGUUUGUGUAUGCAGGAAUAAACAAAAUAUUCCCUGGUUAUUCAAAAGGGUUUGCCCCGCCUCCCUUUCAUCAUAAAUUAUUCUAAUGACAUAUUUAUAAUGCCAUGUGAUUUAUGUGCACUUUUAUGAAUCUCGGAAGAAAAGAACGGUCAACAUUUAUGGUGUGGUUUAAAUUAUUUAUUUUAAGUGGUGUCAUUAUAGGAACUCGACACUCGAGGUCGCCAAACUCUGAGUUAAGCCUUAAAAGGGAGUAAUGUGUUUUAGAAAUCCCUCAGCUGUCUACGCAGUGUGGAAAAAAUAACAAGGGAAAAUUGCAUUCGUACUAAAUAGUUUUAAUAUUUAAAAUAUAUACAAUUACAAGGUAAUAGGCGUGGCUUUGUACUACUGUUUGAAGAAAUCGUUCUAUUUGUGAAUGUGAAAUUCCAAGUCACGAUGUAGCUCAUGAAUAUGCAGUUUUCUACUUCCGCCUCGCACCGCACUGGGUUGUUUAGCGCCUUCUUAUUGGAAUAAUAUUAUUCUAAAGACGUCUGUAGCCUAUAGAUAUGACCAUUUUAGCCCAUCAGACUUUCCUCCUUGACGUACGUCGCAUUACGUAAUUAAUAUGAUCUCAUGAAUAUGCCGUUUUCUACUUCCGCCUUGCACUGCACCUAAUAUUCAUGAGCCAGACUGGCUGUUUAGCUCCUCCUUAUUAGAAUAAUAUAAUUAUUCUAAAGACUUAUGUACCCUGGUAUCUGUAGCCUAUAGAUAUUACCAUUUAUCCCAUCAGACAGUCCAAUUUAACGUACGUCGCAUUACGCAAUUAAUAUCUCAUGAAUAUGCAGUUUUCUAUUCCCGGCUCGAACAACACCUAAUUAAUAUUCAUGAGCCAACAUGGCUGUUUAGCGCCUUCUUAUUAGAAUAAUGUAAUUAUAAGAAUAAUAUAUCUAAUUAUUCUAUAGGCUUCUGGAACAAGGUACCCGUAGCCUAUUUAUAUUAUUUGAUCUUUGAUAUGUUAUUGUGUACUAAAAUGGGCGUAUCCAUAAUUCAAGUUAUUUUCCGAAAAUUUCUCUCGCACGUAGCCAAGGUAAUAAAUGCCCCUUUUGAAGUGACCAGCCCCUGCCUUUCAGCCAAUCAUAUUUUCAUAUGGAUGAAAAUGUCUAGUCACGUAAUAAAUAUUCAUGAGACACGCCCUGCGGGUGAUUUCAAGCUGAGACCAGAUCUUGAGGAUGUAAAGUGCGCAGUUAACUCAACCACACUUCAGUACGAAUCGCAUCAUCAUGGACUCAGGCGCAGCACUUGGAGAUGAUAAGGUGAAGAAAGAAGAGGGCAUUCAGGUGGAGGGUAAAAUGGAGAAAACUAAAGACAAGAGCAAAUAUAAGGACAAGAGUGAUUCCAAAGAUAAACACAAGGAUAAAGAACAUAAAGACAAGCAUAAGGACAAAGAACAUAAAGACAAACACAAGGACAAAGAACACAAAAACAAGGACAAAGAACAUAAAGAUAAAGAUAAGAAGAAGAAGAAAGAUAAGGAACACAAGAAGGACGGUGAUAAGGACUAAAACAAGGCUGAAGUCGUAAUACCUCCAGAAACAAAGUGUAAAAUACCUUAUAAUGUGGUUUUUACAGAGAAACACAAUAUAUUAAAUCUUUAGUCAUUUAGGAAAACAUAUACACUUGAGGUCUUCACGGAAGCUGUUCUGAGAUGUCAUUUAAAACCCCUCCACCAGGUGGAGCUACUUACCUGUAAAAUCUUGUUUGACUGUUUUAUGUACUGAAACACUGGAAUAAAUGAGACGGAGUUGGUAAUUAUUUUAUGUCAUAUUGUUUGCUGGUUUAAUAAACACUAGUAUAAUAUUAUAUUAACUUAAUGUGGCUGUCAGUUGGUGAACUCUUUCUGAUUUCAUCAAGUUUGGUCAGUUUGGUGCAUUUUAAUCUCUAACAUAAGCUAUGUUUGGAAUGGGAUACUAUCUUAAUACAUACUGAAUAGUGCACGUUAUACAUUGUUUACAGCCUGCUGUUGUGAAUAGCAAGUGAAACUGUGUCCUGUAAAAAGAAAUAUUUUAAUGUUUAAACCCAAAAAAUGAAGCAGGUCCUCCACAGUGAUAGUGACAACAGAACACAAAACGGAGAACAAAACUCACUAAACAUGUCUGAAGAGUUUGUAGUUGAAGAAUUGAUGCAUUUCUAUGCCCAGCCUUAUUUUUUGUUUGUUUUCGGACCGGUGCCAGUCCACAGUGGACUGAGUGACUUGCACGAUGACAGAAAUCAACAGAAUGUCCCGUCGCUCGUCACUGCUGAUUAAGACAAAAUCUCUGAUUAACAUAGAAAAUAUAUAUGUUAUCACAUGUCGUUUGCCGUCAGGUUUGGACACGGUGUGACUGUGGCUGCCUGUAGCCUCCUCUAUGUUUCUGUUUGAUUUACGAGUACUCAAAAUAAUAAGGCUGGGCAUAGAAAUGCAUCAAUUCUUGGACUACAUACUCUUCAGACAUGUUUAGCAAGUUCUGUUCUCUGUUUUGUGUGCAACUCUUGUCACUAUCGCUGUUUUUAGAUAAACAAAACGAGUUUUCGAUUGAAUGCCCUAAUGUCACGGGGGGCAGCGUGAACUGUUGCUCUCGUGCCCUAUCAUGAACGCACACAAGAUCAACAGUCAGUAACAUUUUCACUAAAUAAUACAUUAUAUUUCAGUUUGUUUCUCACUAAAUCUUAUCGUAUGCUUUCAUAACAACCAUGAGUCUCAUGAAUAAUUAAUUAGACUUCUGAAUUAUACUUUUGUGUUCUUUUGAAGCUUGAAGAGGUGUUCACCAUGAACUCCCAUUGUAUGACAUCACGGAGCACAACAUUUAUGCACAAUUACUCACAUUGUGUUCAGAAAAUUAAAGAAAGACAUAUAUAGUUACAACAACACAGGGGUGAGUAAACAAUGACUGAAUUUAAAUUUUUGGUUGAACUAAUCCUUUAAUUAUAUCAAAGUGCUUAAAGCCAAUUGUCAUUCUAUCCACUCGUACUCAAGAUGAAUUAACAAACGUAUUUACCAUCUCAACUCAAAAAUCAAAUGUUGAAUCAACUACAUUCAUUGUCAUCUUACUAUAAAUGUAAGUCCACAUUUCUUAAAUGUAACAGUUUUGGCGAUUUAUUUCUUUGUGGUGUCAACACAGCUUAAGUUGAAUGAAAUGUAUAUUUAGUAUUAAUGUAUCUUAACUGAGUCAAAGCAGCAAGAUAACUUGACUACGUUAAUUGAGUCAACAAUAUGCUUUUUUAUAUAUAUAUAUACAGUGGUGUGGUAUUCAUUGUCAUCACAUGAUCUCAUCAUAAAUUCAACUUAAAGGUGCUGUAAGCGAUUUCAGCUGUUUUACUUCCAUGAGACUGAGCUGUUGAGUUAGCCACGCCCCCACUUUCCAAAACCCCGCCCUCCAAAGAUACCAAAUGAGCUUUAUUGAGACCGACACAGAAGCAGAAACAGUUAAAAACAACAGCUGCGAAACAGCGCCCUCCACUGACAGCUCUUAUGAACAACAUGGCAUAAAAAUGGCAUUAAGCCUCAAUAAUUCACCGCAACUACAAUAUUAUGAGAAUGUGCAAAAUGAUUGACAGGCAGAAAGCGUCAUUGUCCGCGGACACAUUUUAGUUUGCUGUUUACAGAGUCUAGAGCUGUCACAAAUAUCUUUCAGGGAUGACUGAAUUUUCAUUUUUGGUUGAACUAAUCCUUUAAUUGUAUCAAAGUGAAAUUUUCCAGUCAACAUGUUCAAUUGUCAUUCUAUCAACUCGUACUAAAGUUGAUUAACAAGCGUAUUUACCAUCUCAACUCAAAAACAAAUGUUGAAUCAACUACAUUCGUUGUCGGCUUACUAGAAAUGUAAGUCCACCUUUCUUAAAUGUAACAGAUUUGUUGAUUUAUUACUUUGUCUACGUUGAGUCAACAAUAUGCUUUUUUUUUAUAUAUAUAAUUUGUUUUUAUAGUGUCCUGGUAUUCACUGUUGUCACAUGAUCUCAUCAAAUUGCAUGUUUGUGGUGUCCAGUUAUCAACUUGUGAAGUUAUUUUGCAUUUGUUUAAAAUCACUAGCGCAUAUAGUGAAAUGCAUGUUGGUUUUAUGCUGCAUAUUUUGUAGGUCAUCCAUGUAUUUCAUGCAUACAGAAAAUGUGCACACUACAGUAAACACACGAGAUCCUGCAUAAACAUCUUUGCUAUU